CAGAGAAGGGAGGCGUUAACUCCCGGCAAUUUCGAAAGCGGAUGCGCGAGCGCAGUUAUUAUGGGCGUCGUUAACGUGUUUGAAACACUUUUGUUUAACUGAUUUCUACAGACUUAUACGACGAAAACUAUUUCUAUUAGAAAUGGAAGAAGGGGAAUCCGAGCCAGUGCUUUCCAGAAAAGAGAUCCGUAAGCAGAAGCUAAUGGAAUAUCUGGCAGCAAAAGGAAAGCUGAAGCUACCUGAUGCAAGGUCAAACCUAAGUGGGAACUGUGUGAGUAAGAAGCCUGUGACAUCUACACAAAAGGUUGUUGCAGGAAAAGAAAACAAAGCUCCAUUUGACGGAUUCAAGCGUAAUAUCUCCAAAGGUCAAAGCGUGACAGCUCAGACCAGUCGAGACCUUGAAAAGAAAGCAUUUGGUGUCAGUAACAAAGGAAAUAUACUGACAGCACAGCAGAACAACAGUCGUCCAGCACAGCCAAAACCUAAUCGAAACCCUUCGCUCACCAGAACAUACAAUGUUGUGUCCUUCAAACCUCACCUGAAUGGAGCCGGCCAUGUCAACAAGCAGGCAAAUGGAGGAAUUCAAACUUCAGGCAAAGCCCCUUUAAAUACAGCUCAUACAGUCAGAGUCAAAUCAAAAAGCAAAUUCAGCUUUGGUCCGAGUUCUGCCGUAUCAGGUCCAACGAUGACGGUCAGUACCAGGAUUAGUCUUGGCCCCCUUGUCAAAACAAAAACAGGACUUACUCCCGCAGUGAUCCAGUCAAGAGCCACAAAGCCAAACCUAACGCAUACCUCUGUCACUGCAGCCAGUACCACUACCACAAAUCAAAUUGCUAAGAAGGUGCAAUCCAGCAGCAAGUCAACAACGUCUGUUUCGCAGAGGUUUGCUGCAAAUAUUUCUUCAACCACGGGAGCUAAGAAUAAGGUUCAGAGUCAAAACAAACUUAACUCUAAACCUGUUCUGGGUAGUCAUUCACAACCAUCUAAAAGUCAGUUAUCAAGUGGACUGAAAUCAACAUACACAUCUCUCAAGUGCACGGUUGCAUCGUUUAAGCCAGAGGGAAGAGUAGCAGCAAAAAAAUCAAGUGGUCAGCCUGCAAACAAGUCCACAAAGCCAAGAACUGAACCUAAAGGGAAGAAGGGCCAGCCAUGCAAAGCUGCCUUCCAAACAUUCUCGAGGCCGGCUAACAGAUGCAGCUCUCGACCUGUUGGUGAGCCUGCUGUGACUGACACGGGAAGGAAAACCAAGAUUACUAAAGAGACAGCUGGCAAGACAGAAAAUCGUGCUUCAAAUGCUCCUCCUCUCAAAUCUGGUGUAAAAAGUAGAGUCGCUCCACUGAUUUCACAGACAGUCCCGCCACCUUCCAGGACCGUCCGUCUCACAGGCCAAGCCACAAACACGAAGACCCCAAAAGUCCAGAGUAAGGUCAUUCCUCAGACUGAGGGAAAGAAACUGACUGCUGCCCAGGUGGAAAGAAUGAAAAAACUGCAGGAAUGGCGGGAGUCCAAAGGCAUUACCUACAAACGUCCUCCAAUGCAAGUGAAACCUCAGGUCAGGCGCACGGUCUCUGUGCCUCAGCCUUUCUGGGCCUCCAUGACUGAGGAAGAUGAGGCCUACUCCCUCAUCUGUGCUGUAGAUAGAUCCCUGGCUGACUGCCUCAAGUUACUCAGAGAGGGUUGCCGAGACCAGGUGAAGGAGGUUCUGUCCCGCCUGCCUGCCGUUUCCCAGAAAUUUGCCAAAUACUGGAUCUGUCAAGUCCGCCUCAUGGAGCAAGAAGGAAACUUCGAUGUCUUACCCAUGUUUGAAGAGGCUGUUCGUAUUGUGUUGGAGCCAGUGGAUGAGCUGCGGAUCGUGGUAUUUGACAUUCUGAAGAAAAAGGACGAGAUCCAAGCUAAAGAACAGGACAAAGUGUUCGAACAUAUUCCAACACCUGAAAACACUCCAGACUGUGGCAGCAAUCCACUGAUGACCCCCAAACCUGUCAGAGCGCUCAUCUAUGGGGAGAGAGGAAACUCGUCUGUGGUCAAGUACAAGAUCACAGCAACCCCUGGUGGCCCUCCAAGUCAACGGAGAGAGUCAGUAAAGGUCAACGGCCAGGAGGUUCGCUUCUUCACCCCGGUUAGGCGGUCAGUGCGAAUCGAGAGAGCCUCACUCCAAUACCCCUCUCCCCUUCAGGACCACGACCUGUGUGUGAACUCGUACAAUGACCUGCUCUGUGAGGACGAGAAAGAAAGAAGCGAAGAGCAAACGGAUGGGGAACCCAGCCCGUCUGAAAGUGGUGCACCAGUGUACGUUUACAGAGAAAACGAGGCGCUCAAAGACAAAGUGGUUGUCCAGCUAGUCUGUGACGACGACGAUUAGCUUCAUUGGUUUAUUUCAUCGUCACACCAUUUGUUACUUUUAACGUGGAAGGGAGGGUGAAAAAACCAUUAGUCUGCAUGCUUCGAUGCUUUCACCCUUCUGUGAUUUGAGAAUAUGAGUUUCCUUGUAAAUAUAUUGGCUGAUAUUUUGGGGAGAUUGUUGUUUUUUUCAUAAUUUGGUGUUUGACACUCCCUUAUGGAAAACCCGUUGUGUUUAUUUGGCUGCUCUGCACACUGUUUAUUCACAUACACACCCUCCUGUUCAUAUACACAACACACUUCUCACUACCUGAGUACACAUUCUCUUGAUGCCGUUUCUUUUCAGUUAUGACCUCCUGUUGUCUCUCACUCCUUUUAGUUACGCCUGCGACACAAUGACAUGACACAUUUAAGCUUUUCUAAACAGUCUGUUUUCCUUUUUCCUUGGAUAUUUUUAAUAUUUCAAGUAUUUGAUAUACUCCCUUAUGGAGAAGCUGUUGAGUUUAUUGUCCUGACUUUGUUGUUUUUUAUUUUUCAAAGAAUGCAGUGUAAAUAGUAAUGUAAAAUAAAUAUUUUCCCUUUAAAGUCUAUAAAUCUGUAUGUGUAUAUGUUGCAUGUAUAGUUUUGCAGCACUUCUUGCAUAACUUGGGGACUAAAAUAAACAGCGAUGGAUCAAAAACUGCUGUGGCUGUUGGAGCUGGAAGCAUAGAACUAAGUUGCUCUGCACAGCAAGUCUGCAUCAUAAAUAUGUACAAAUAUGGCAUUAAUAUGGAAGAACAGAAACUGAGAACGUUUUGCCACAUUUUCUCAAUUUAAAUAAAUAAAAAUACAAGUGGAAAACCUUUA